AAAAAAAAACAACAUAAAACCUGUAAAAAUUUAAUAUCUACAAGAUUCUUCUGAUCUUCAUUAAUAUAAUAUCAUCACCAUCGUCUCGUUAAGUUAAAAGUAACAGAGAAAAAGUUAGAGUUGAGAGACGGACGAUGAGUCAGAGAUAGUGAGCUAGAACAAUCUCCGCCGCCCGUUUGCUGUUUUUUGCUCUUCUCGUUUUAAAUCAGCCGCAGCAUCACCAUAUAAGACUAGCAAUCUGAAAUGAAAGCGAAAUCGGCCCUUUCCAUUCCGGACUCUUGAAACAGUAGAACCGCCGCCGCCGCCGCCGCCACCGAACAACAAGAAGAGCAAGGAGUAAAGUAAUUAGAACGAUGAGACGUGGCGUCGCGGACAACACUAGAUCUGUUAAUCCUCCUCCUCCUUCUGUUCCAACAUCGGCAACAAACACUACAAAGAAGCAAACGGUUACUACCACCCCCACCACCACCAACAACAACACCAACAAUAAGAACAAUCACAGCAAAAAACUCCUCUCUCCUCCUGUUCCAGGAAGUGAAGAGGAGGAAGAAACAGACAUAAGCAGUAGUAGUUCUGAAGGAGAAGAUAUCUCAUGGAUAUCUUGGUUUUGUGGAUUGAGAGGUAAUGAGCUUCUUUGUGAAGUUGAUGAGGAUUAUAUACAGGAUGAUUUCAAUUUGUGUGGACUCCAAGGACAAGUUCCACGCUAUGAUCAUGCCUUGGAUAUCAUCCUCGAUAAUGACCCCUUGAGCCCUCUACCAGCUGAUAUGGAUGGUGAGCAGAACAAUGAAACUGAAUCUGCUGCAGAAUUGUUAUAUGGUCUUAUACAUGCGCGAUACAUCUUAACCCAUAAAGGUUUGAAUGCCAUGCAUGAGAAAUACAAGAGGGUGGAAUUUGGAAGAUGUGCCCGCGUGUCAUGCAGUGGACAACCAUGCUUGCCAGUGGGAACAUCAGAUAUUCCUCGUGGUGGCUCGGUAAAGAUCUACUGUCCCAAAUGUGAAGACAUAUAUUUUCCAAGGUGCAAACACCAGAGCAAUAUGGAUGGUGCUUAUAUUGGAACAACAUUCCCACACUUGUUCUUGAUGACUUAUCCCUCGGCAAAGCCUGCGAAGCCAGUUCAGACUUAUGUACCCAGGAUUUUCGGAUUCAAGGUCCACAAGGGAGUCAAAUGAUGAUUUUCAGUUGACUGUUCUCUUCUCAUAGAUGUACAAGGGGUGUGUGAUAAAGGGAGGGCAGGGGAAAGACUGCCAGUCGAGACUAUCGGGACUAUGUAAAGAACAUCAUAUGCAUUGAUUGGCAUGUUCCAUCACAGGAUUGGUUUUCAUCUUAAUAAUCCUGGAUGUGCAAGAGAACUCAAUCAUUUGCUAUAUUGCCAGCGGAUCGGCAUGGGUGGAAUUACAUUUAAAAACUGUUUACGGCAUAGAAUGGUAUAAGAUGAGAUGCUUUAUAUUUUCUUUAAUCGCGACACUGCAUUAUUUUUGCUAAGCAUCAUAGUGAAAAUGCCUGCAAUGAUAAUGUGAGGUUAAUUUUUUGUGGCUUCUUAAAUCACGGCUUCCUGGUGAGACUGAGUGUACUAGUCAGUGGACUUCGGAAGCAACUUAUUCCAAUCCAAAGCUUUUUCAUCUUUCGUGAA